AUGCCACUCGGAGAUCAUUGUAGUUUACAACACAUAUUAUGCGUGAACGGAGGUCCUGGUACAUGGUCAGCUUGGGGAGCGUGUUCUGCAACUUGCGGAGAUGGAGAGCAAACUCGCACAAGAGCAUGUAACAACCCAGCCCCAGCUUAUGGAGGAAGCCAAUGCAAUUCAAGUGAUCUGACGGACACACGACCCUGUAAUGAUGCAGAAUGCCCCGUAAAUGGAGCCCCUGGUACGUGGUCAGCUUGGGGAGCAUGUUCUAAAACCUGCGGAGAUGGAGAGCAAACUCGCACAAGAGAAUGUGACAACCCAGCCCCAGCUUAUGGAGGAAGCCAAUGCAAUUCAAGUGAUCUGACGGACACACGACCCUGUAAUGAUGCAGAAUGCCCCGUUAACGGAGGUCCUGGUACGUGGUCAGCUUGGGGAGCGUGUUCUACAACCUGCGGAGAUGGAGAGCAAACUCGCACAAGAGCAUGUGACAACCCAGCCCCAGCUUAUGGAGGAAGCCAAUGCAAUUCAAGUGAUCUGACGGACACACGACCCUGUAAUGAUGCAGAAUGCCCCGUGAAUGGAGGCCCUGGUACGUGGUCAGCUUGGGGAGCAUGUUCUAAAACCUGCGGAGAUGGAGAGCAAACUCGCACAAGAGCAUGUGACAACCCAACCCCAGCUUAUGGAGGAAGCCAAUGUAAUUCAAGUGAUCUGACGGACACACGACCCUGUAAUGAUGCAGAAUGCCCCGAAUGCCCCGUAAAUGGAGGCCCUGGUACGUGGUCAGCUUGGGGAGCGUGUUCUACAACCUGCGGAGAUGGAGAGCAAACUCGCACAAGAGCAUGUGACAACCCAGCCCCAGCUCAUGGAGGAAGCCAAUGCAAUUCAAGUGACCUGACAGACACACGACCCUGUAAUGAUGCAGAAUGCCCCGAUACACCCGGUCCACCUGGUAGACCUGUCGUAUCUGUACUCAACGACACAGCUAAUGUCACCUGGACACCACCCCAAGAUGACGGGGGCGCAAGGGUCACCAAUUACAACAUUGAGAUGCGCCGUUCCGACAAUUACACAUGGAUGCUCGUGACGACUGACAAUGGUAUUCCUGGGAACAAUUACCUGUUGAGAGGUCUGACGGAAGAUGUGGAUUAUGAACUGCGCAUCGUAGCAGAGAAUGAGGUCGGGACUGGGGAACCAUCGCAACCAUCAGAGAUCUUCAGAAUCGUAACCGCUGGAAAACUAAAAAGCAUCCCAAUUGUUGCAAAGAGACAGCUGCAGUCAAGCUAUAUAACGGAUCUCGCAGUAACAUCAAGUGGACAUAUUGUGGCAACAGGUGGAUCAGGAUCCACAACAAAGAUAUAUGCCAGUGAUUAUAGUCUCAUCAAAGAUAUCGGAAAAAUAUUCCGGCGUGUUACAGUUACAAGUGAUGAUGAACUAGUAUUCACUCAUGAGUCUAGCACAAUCUACUUCUAUACAGCAGACGGCAAUUAUACCCGCAGUAUAUUUACAGAGUCUACAUAUACACUACGUGGUAUUACUUCACUGCCUACUGGUCAGUUGGUUGUAUGCGAUACUUACACAGACAGAGUGUAUAUUGUUGAACAAGAUACAGGGAAUGCAACAUCACUCUCUGCUCCUGGUACGUUAAGCACUCCUUACUAUGUGACAACGAACAGCAAAGGAGUAGUUAUAGUGAGUGACUAUCACGGACAUUCUAUAAAUGGAUUGGACCAGGAUGGUCAAGUACUCUUCAGUUAUGGUACACUUGGAUCAGGGGAGGAGCAGUUGAACAACCCACUUGGUGUCACCACAGAUAAGGAGGACUACAUUGUGGUAGCAGACUUCCAUAACAGGAGGAUACAACUACUCACCCCUGAUGGCAUGUUCCAUAGUUACCUCCUAACAGCGAAGACUAAGUCCAAACCCGAUGAAAGAUAUGAGAGUUAG